GUAACUAGGGGAAAAUAUUCAAAAUAAAAAAAAAUUUAAAUUAAAAAUUAAAAAAAAAUAAAGAAAACUCUCCAUGUUACUGCUCCCUUUGAAGUCCUUGCAGUUCCUUAGUAUUGAGCUCUUCUUUAUGUUCCUGAACUAACUCCUCCACAUCAUCACCACUGAUCUCCAGACCCAUGGAUUUGCCUAGAUUCAAAAUAUAUCCCACAAUUGGUGUAGAAUCAGUCUCAAAGUCUUCAAAGGCUUUUUGAAUUACAAUUUUUGGCCAUAACUUCCAAACAAUUUUUGUUCAUUGUCCUGCAAGAGACCCCCCCCCAAGUUAUCAAUAACAGGAAGUAAGUGCAGGAUGUUGAAAUGAUUUUUUCAGAAUUUAUGUAGAGUCAACUCAAAAAUGUCACAAAAGCCACAAAAAGCAAACACAAGGCCCGGGAAAGAUGGUGGCGGCUGUGGUGGUGGCGUUUGUGACCUUUGGCCACCUUCUGGGCAGCAGCUGGGGCUUCCCUGUGGCCGCCAGAUGUUUUGGUGUGCAGGUGUCACCCAUGGGGGAGAAAAUUACCCACACAGGCCAGGUUUAUGAUGAAGAUGAUUACAGGAGGAUUCGCUUUGUUGGUUGCCAGAAAGAGGUAAAUGAAAACUUUGCAAUUGAUUUGAUAGCAGAGCAACUAGUAAGCAAAGUGGAAAGUCGAGUGAUAUCAUGUGAUGGUGGAGGAGGAGCUCUGGGUCAUCCAAAAGUAUAUAUAAACUUGGACAAAGAGACUAAAACUGGGACUUGUAGGUAUUGUGGACUUCAGUUUACACAACAUCACCACCACUGAAACCAGUUAUACACUGAAACCAGUACAAUUU